CCCACCUCCCAUUUAUAUUCUCUCUCUCUCUCUCUCUCUCUCUCUCUCUCUCUCUCUCUCAUUCUCCAUUUCCAUAUUGGAUUAUCUUGUCUGUUUUAUCCAGCAACUCUCCAUCUGUUUACCAAUUAAUUCGUACAGAAAUAAAGAAGAGGCAGAUGGGUAGAUCUCCUUGCUGCGAGAAAGAGCAUACCAACAAAGGUGCAUGGACCAAAGAGGAAGAUGAACGGCUCAUCAACUACAUCAAACUCCAUGGUGAAGGUUGCUGGAGAUCUCUCCCCAAAGCUGCUGGGUUACUUAGAUGUGGCAAAAGUUGCAGACUUAGAUGGAUAAAUUAUCUCAUGCCUGAUCUCAAGAGAGGAAACUUCACAGAGGAAGAAGAUGAACUCAUCAUCAACCUCCACAUUGCUGGAAACAAAUGGUCUCUGAUUGCUGCACGGUUGCCUGGAAGAACAGAUAAUGAAAUAAAGAACUACUGGAACACCCAUAUCAAGAGAAAGCUCUACAGCCGAGGAAUCGAUCCUCAAACUCAUCGGCCACUCAACUCAACCGCCGCUACUACCACCACCACCAGCACUCAUCACAAAACAAUUACUUCUACUAAGAACUUCCAACUGGAAAUGCAAAACUCAGUGGUAUUGCAGGUUCCGGUUCCAGGUAGGUCAUCUACUAUGAAGAAGAUGUUAAAUGGUAAAAGAGACUCGGUGGAAGAAGAAAGCUCCAACAGUAGCAGUGGCGUAACGACAGAAGAAGUUCAUCCACAACUCAAUCUGGAACUCUCCAUCGGCCUUCCAUUUCAUCAUCAUGAACCUCAGAGAUCAGUAAGCGAGACAAACCAGAAGAAGAAGCAGUAUCUUGGAAGCAGUAGUAGCCAAUUACCAGGAGUUAAUCAAGUGUGUUUCUGUUAUAAUCUAGGGUUUAAUAAGAGUCAGAUGCAGGCAUGUAGCUGCAACUUCAUGGUAGCUGACAAUAUCUAUAAAUAUUAUACACCCAGCUUGAAAUCUUGA